CGGCGACCCGGGCGGCUCCACGGGGGCCCAUGUCCGCUGCGUCGCCGCGCUCGCCCACAGCGCGGGCCCGCAAGAUGAAGACGGACGACUCGUUCUUAAGCCGGCUGGGCACGCUGGGCAGGAAGAAGAAGUGAACGACCUGCAGGAAGAAGGCAAGAAUGUCAUCAGCUCGCCCAUGGCCCCCGCAGUGGACGUUCACCCUGAAGACACCCAGCUGGAGGAGAAUGAGGAACGCACCAUGAUCGACCCCACCUCCAAGGAAGACCCCAAGUUCAAGGAGCUGGUCAAGGUCCUCCUGGACUGGGUCAAUGAUGUGCUGGUGGAGGAACGCAUCAUUGUGAAGCAGCUGGAGGAGGACCUGUAUGACGGGCAGGUGCUGCAGAAGCUCCUGGAGAAACUGGCUGACCACAAGCUAAACGUGGCUGAGGUGACCCAGUCCGAGACGGGCCAGAAGCAGAAGCUGCAGACAGUUCUGGAAGCUGUGCAGGGCCUGCUGCAGCCCCACGGCUGGGCGCUGCGCUGGACGGUGGACUCAAUCCAUGGGAAGAACCUGGUGGCCAUCCUGCACCUGCUCGUGGCUCUGGCCAUUCACUUCCGGGCCCCGAUCCGCCUUCCGGAGCACGUCUCUGUGCAAGUGGUGGUGGUGCGGAAGCGCGAAGGACUGCUGCAUUCCAGCCACGUCACAGAGGAGCUGACCACAACCACAGAGAUGAUGAUGGGCCGUUUUGAACGCGACGCCUUUGACACACUCUUCGACCAUGCCCCUGAUAAGCUCAGCUUUGUGAAAAAGUCUCUCAUCGACUUUGUGAACAAGCACCUCAACAAGCUCAACUUGGAGGUGACGGAGCUGGAGACCCAGUUUGCAGAUGGCGUGUACCUGGUGCUGCUCAUGGGCCUCCUGGAGGGCUACUUCGUUCCCCUGCACAACUUUUACCUGACGCCGGACAGCUUUGACCAGAAGGUGCACAAUGUGUCAUUUGCCUUUGAGCUGAUGCUGGAAGGGGGGCUCGCGGAACCCAAGGCUCGCCCCGAAGAUGUGGUCAACUUGGACCUCAAGUCCACCCUGAGGGUGCUGUACAACCUCUACAGCAAGUACAAGACCGCCCAGUGAGGGGCGGCAGGUGGCAGCCCCGGCCCCGCCCCUUCUGUUGGCUCCUCCCCUCCCUUCCAGGGACUCUGCGGUGGGCGGAGCCUUUGCCCGUGCAGGCUGCAGACCUGCCAUGCUCCGCUUCCCCUGUCCCUGCUGAGAUCAGAGAAGAACCGAAGCCCACCUCCACCUUGGCCACCGUGCGUCCACUUGGCCUGGAGGUGAGCUCCAGGAGUGGAGUGUGGACCCAGGACCCUGGGCCCACACAGCUCCCUGGGAGUCUCCUGGACGGGGCCCCCUUCGUGAGUGAGCGAGGCUUUUCCGUAAUAAAUGUUUUAUGGUUUCAGAA